UCGGAGCUUGGCGCUCGCGAAGGGAGGAGCUGCCGAGAGGCCCGAGAGUGCGCGCCUCCCCCGGCCCCGUCCGUCCUGCCGAGCCCCGAGGAUGAUAAACACCCAGGACAGUAGUAUUUUGCCUUUGAGUAACUGCCCUCAACUACAGUGCUGCAGGCACAUUGUCCCAGGGCCUCUGUGGUGCUCCGAUGCCCCUCACCCACUGUCGAAGAUCCCCGGUGGGCGAGGGGUUGGUAGGGAUCCUUCUCUCUCAGCUUUGAUAUAUAAGGAUGAGAAGCUCACUGUUAACCAAGAUCUUCCAGUGCAUGAUGGGAAGCCACACAUUGUUCACUUCCAGUACAAGGUUACGGAAGUAAAGACCUCCUCCUGGGAUGCAGUGCUAUCCAAUCAGAGUCUUUUUGUGGAAAUCCCUGAUGGCUUAUUAGCUGAUGGGAGUAAAGAAGGAUUAUUAGCACUGUUGGAAUUUGCUGAAGAAAAAAUGAAAGCAAGUUAUGUCUUUAUUUGCUUCCGAAAAAGCAGAGAAGACAGAGCUCCAUUACUGAAGACAUUCAGUUUUUUGGGUUUUGAAAUAGUGAGGCCUGGCCACCCCUGUGUCCCAUCGCGACCAGAUGUGUUGUUUAUGGUGUACCCCCUGGAUCAGGUCUCUUCUGAUGAUGAUUAGAGCCAGCACAGCACUUCAGUGGGAGCCGGACAUGCUUCAAAGAGGAGAGGGGGCUAAAACUCCUCUUAUGAGGAAAGGAAAAACAAAAUUCUUCUGGACUGAAACUGCAUUUCUUAUUGUUAGAGUGACCUGUAUAUCUUCUGAGUUGACUUUUCCAUUGAAAUGUGUUACCUAGCAAAUAAUAUAAAGUCUGCACAUGUAAUCGCACAAUAGUAAAUGGAAGGUAAAUGGAGCCCUUUCAUAUGGCUCGGUGGUCUGCUGGUUCGCCUAGUGGAGACAUCCUCUCCGACCACGUGGGGUGCAUAAGGAGUCCACGGGUGAAGAGGACGGGCUUUAGGACUCGUUAAAUUAGUGUUGGGCUUUCUGUUUAUUUGGUUAUUUGGCUUUCAUUUUAAAUUACUGUACGUUAAUAUGUUCAGGCUCUUAAGCAGGGGUCAUGCUUUGAGUGUAGCGAUUUGAGAAACAUUAACACUGUCUAGCAAACCGUAGGUGGCACCACUGGGGUAACCAACGCUGUGGGUUUCUGAAAAGCUUUGUCCUCUUCUAGCCUUUUCAUUAGGUUAGUAUUAACACUGCAUUAGUGCAGCUUUCAGUGGAAAGGGGGCAUUCGAAGAAACAUGUGAAGCUGGCCCCGCUUUUGAGAGAAGGACCUGCAUCCGCACUCCCUCUCGAAGGGCCGCAGUAGUGCUGCCUUCAUUAUCAAGCCUGGGUACAAGCUUUGAGUGCAGUGUCUGCACAAGUGCAUGCGGCACAGAAAGCAGAGAGACAGGUCUUCACAUCUCGCUCCCACAGCCUGAGGUGCAAAGCCUUAUGGGUACAGCUCGGCUAGAUGCUGAUGUAGCUAAGGGAUUCCAGAAUGCGUAUAGGCAACUUGAUUUGACCCUUUGCUAUUCUUAGUCUUUAAUCCUAUGCCCUCUCAUUAGGAACUAAGUCCCAUGAUGCAUAGGAGCAAACUGUUUAGGAAGUGUCAUAAUUUUAGUUUACAUGGUCGAAAACAUUCAUGUCUCAUCCUUUGCUGAAUGGCCUUCUUUUGGAUGUUAUGACAACUAUCAUUGCUUAUUUUUCCUUUAACAGCCAGAUUCUUCAAUCGUAAUAUACAAUUCCAACACUC